AUAAGAGGGAAAGCGAGAGCGAGAGAGGAGGGUGUUCACAGAUAACUCAUCUGCUCCUCACUCACACUCUCGUCUGAACGAUCCUCUGCAUCUGAAGGAAUUCCCACCGCUCUUCUGGAUUUACUCGCUGAAGAUUCGGGACGUUUCAGGUCACAGCAGCUUCAGUCCAUGAGGAGAGAGAGAGAGACAGAAGAGUUCAUCAGUGUGAUUCUGAAGAGACACUACGAGUCUUUGAUCUACGAUGCGACCCCCCAGAAUCCAUCGGGUCACGCUGCUAAUGACGGCCGUAUCCUGCCUGCUGAUUGGGCGUGGAAGCUGUCAAUCAAACUCAUCCGAUAGCUUCCAGCUCUCUGAUGACCCAGCGGCCGCCCGUGUCACUCCGGGGUCAAACCGCGUGACCCCUGACCCCAGAGCGGUCCGUCUUCCGGGAAACGGGUCGGUGCGAGCGCGUCCGCUGCCGCUGCCCCCGGCGUGUCUGAGGAGGACGUACAUCGAGGGUUUGUUCAAGUACGUCAACACGGUCCUGUCCUGCCUGAUCUUCGGGGUGGGGAUGGUGGGGAACGCCACGCUGCUGAGGAUCAUCUACAACAACAAGACCAUGAGGAACGGCCCGAACGCUCUGAUCGCCAGCCUGGCGCUCGGUGACCUCAUCUACAUCGCCAUCGACAUCCCCAUCAACGUCUACAAGCUGCUGGCGAUGCGGUGGCCCUUCGACGACAGUGUGUUCGGUCUGUUCCUGUGUAAACUUGUGCCGUUUCUGCAGAAAGCCUCAGUCGGGAUCACAGUCCUCAAUCUGUGUGCGCUCAGUGUGGACAGGUAUCGUGCCGUAGCGUCAUGGAAUCGCGUUCAGGGCGUCGGGAUUCCCGCGUCCACGGCUGUGGAGAUCGUGUGUAUCUGGAUGUUGGCUGUAGUUUUGGCGGUUCCAGAGGCCAUCGGCUUCAAAAUGGUCAGUUUUGACUACAACAACGUCACCAUCCGCACCUGCAUGCUGAAGCCGGAGACGCCAUUCAUGACGUUCUACAGGGAUGUGAAGGUCUGGUGGCUCUUUGGCUUUUAUUUCUGUGUGCCACUGGUCUGUACGGCCGUCUUCUACACGCUGAUGACCUGCGAGAUGCUGAGCAACAGGAAGGGCAGUCUGAAGUUUUCACUGAGCGAACACCUCAAACAGAGGCGUGAAGUGGCUAAAGCUGUUUUCUCUCUGGUGCUGAUCUUCGCUCUCUGCUGGUUUCCGCUGCAUCUGAGUCGCAUCCUGAAGAAGAUGGUUUAUUUUCAGAACGACGUCGGCCGCUGCGACCUGCUGAAUUUCUUGUUAGUGUUUGAUUACCUGAGUAUAAAUCUGGCCACCAUCAACUCCUGCAUCAAUCCCAUAAUCCUCUACUUCGUCAGCAAGAAGUUCAAGAACUGCUUCAAGUCGUGUUUGUGUUGCUGUUGUUAUCCGGGCGGCUCGUUGUUAAGCAGUGUCGUGCCCCUGAACGGGACCAGUUUCCAGUACAAGAACCCUGAUCAGAACGGCUUAUCAGACCGGACCGCACUGCGCAAGGACAGCUACAACUGACCUCACACACACACACACACCCGCUGAACGAGAUCACGGUGUACUGUGGGUAGACAGACACAUUAUUUCAAGUAACCCUAACUAAAGCCAUCCAGUGUGAGGAUAAACUAUGAACAUAUAUAUUUAUAUAAGUGUGCCUACUAUUAUGACAAAGAAAGUGCAUAUUUUUAGAUUUUGUACACUGUAAAAAAAAUAUUUUCGUUGUUUUCUUUUGUCAAUCAAUUUAGAUUCACUAAUGUUGUUCAGAUAACAUGAUAUUUUGAUGGUAUUUGAUGAUUUGUAGAUUCCAUUUAAUAGAUUACACUUUCAAUAAAACAUUUGUAAUUGUUUUGUAAAAGGUGUUUGGGCUGAGUUUCCGUUGCGUUUACACUGUUCUGACCAGCAGGGGUCACCAGCAUGUGGCGUUUCGAGAGCUUCGAAACUGAAUGAAUUUGCAAAGCAAUUGUUUCAAUUGAUUCUGAGUUUCAAAAAGCUUUUUCUCCCAUCAAAAUCCACUCGCAUUUAAUAAAGCAAACAACAUAUCGUAAUAUACUGUAUAUAAUAAGCGAAAGGAGCGUGAGGGAGUUCCUUUCACUUCUCCCACUAGCUCUGCUGUCCUUACGCCAGAAGCGGAAGCCCGCUCUGUGGCUUCUUCUGUGGAAAAAGAGGACUCAUUGCUCGCUUAUGAUUCUGACAAUAUAGAAAGCGUGUUGUCAGACUCCCCUGAUCUCAAGUGGCGCACUAGCAACUGACGCUAGAGACUGCAGUGUCCCUUGUUAGUGCGCCCGCCUCCCAUGCCAGAGACCCGGGUUUGAAUCCCGCUUGGAGCAGGCUGAGUAGGACUGGAGGGGUUAAACUGGUGCCAUGACCUGGAUGGGAAUGAGGUUUAGGGGGGUGAGUGUAAGAGCUGUGAAUGUAAACCUCAAUCUCCUGGCCUUGAGGCACACUGGCGACUGACGCUAGAGACUGGCGUUUUUUUUAGCGUCCUUAAUAGCGCGCCCACCUCCCAUGCCUGAGAUGCGGUUUGAGUCUUGCUCGGAAAGAGGCGAGUAGGACCGGAGGGGUUGCAUUGGUGCCAUGACCCAGAUGGGAGUGAGGUUUAGGGGGGUGAGUGUAACGGAGGCCAGCUAGUGAGAGCUGUGCAGGUAAACCUCACUCCCCUGAUGCCUGAGAUGCUGGUUCAAGUCCCACUCGGAGCGGGGCGAGUAGGACCGGAGGCAUUAUUUACAUGCGUUACAUUCAUACGAGUGACAAGUAGAUUGCAGUCGACAGCGCCGACUAGUGGUUUAACAUAGUCGACUACUCGAUUACAAUCCCCAAGUGAAGCUAUUUAUUAGAAACAGUAGAACUGAGUAAAAUUAAAUCUGCAUCUACAUUGCAAUUUAAAUGUACACUACAUUUCCAUAAGGGUUAAUGCUGGCUAAUCUAUUUUGUUUUGGAUCAGACAGUAGUUAUUAAAAUGUCAUUAAAAUGAAAUGUACUUUUUGUUUCAGAUGUUGUAAAUAAAUAUUUGUUUAUCAAA